GGAAGAAACGCAUUUUUUUCAAUGCGACAAGAAAUCGAUAUUUUGUCAAAAAUGCGGAAAUAUUUCGAAUCAUUGACGGGGCAAGAUGGCUUCCAAAGCAGCCAAGAAGUCUGGUGAAAUUAUUGGAAGAUUACGGACGUAUAUUCCUGCUGGAAAAGCUUCUGCAUCUCCACCAUUAGGUCCACAAUUAGGACAAAAAGGUGUCAAUAUUCCUCAGUUCUGUAAGGAAUUUAAUGACAAAACGAAGGAUAUCAAACCUGGUGUCCCAAUACCAACGCGAAUAACCUUUAAGGCUGACAGAAGCUAUUCAUUUGAAACCACAACACCUCCAGUGUCAUAUUUCUUAAAACAAGCUGCGGGUAUUGAGAAAGGAGCUUCAAAACCAGGACGUGAAAUAGCUGGAUCAGUCACGUUGAAACACAUCUACGAGAUUGCUCGAAUUAAGAAAACUGACAAAGUUUUCCAAAACGCAUCUUUGGAAACUGUGUGUAAGUCAGUCAUCGGCUCAGCGAGAAGUAUGGGAAUUCAGGUGAUAGAAGGGAGAUCUGGGGAGGAUUCUGGAUAAGUUGGAGUUCAUUAGGACAUUGUAAGGUAACAGUUAGGGGCAGUGCUGGAAAGAUGUGUUGAGGUGAUGAUCGAGAAUAGAUGCAUGGUUUUUAUCAGCGGAAACUGAAAGAAAGAAUGUUCACAACGUGUGUAGACGUCACUCGUCUUCCCGAUGAUAGACUAUUUUAUAUGGAAGCAGUACAUUUGAUAGUUCAACAGCAUGUUUGUUAACAGCGCAUCAUGUAAUUAUAAAAAAUCUAAUGUAACCACACGGGUAAACCCUGACAUAUUCAGAUAUUGGCAUUCUAUUACAACGCAAAGUCGCAAACUGUCAUAGUGGCGUCCGGUCUUUCAUUGUAAAUUGCGUAAUAGACGAUAUCCAAUUACACAAAUAGUUGUCUUUUA